AUGGAGGCUGUUGGCUUGGCUAUCUCCAUUAUCUCCCUCGCGGGGAUAUUCAAAGACUGCAUCGAUUUGUUUUCCAUGAUUUCUACCGCGAAGUCCAUGGAAAAGGACUUCACAAUCCUGAGCGUCAAAUUGGAUAUUGAAAAGACGCUUUUGCUACAAUGGGCCGAGCACGUCAGGCUCGUCCACGAAGAUUAUGACCGCCGCCUAGACAAUCCACUGAGAGGGUUGAAAGAGAUUGUGCCACUGAAGCACUCGGCCUCGGUGGAGCUUCUGGAAGAAGACGUGAAGCACGUUAAACGGAUCAGUCGCCUUGAACUUCUUAUGGAUUCGGCCAAAGAUCAUGAUCAACCGGAUGCAUUCACAGAUGUAAUUCAAGAACAGAUCGAUCGACGGCGCCAGCAACGCAUACUUGACAGCUUAUGGUACAGAAUGCUCGAUCAUCGCGUAAACAGCGUUUCUGAGGCUCAUUUAGGAACAUUCGACUGGGCUCUUCACCCGCCGACAGAAGAAACUGAAUGGGAAAAUCUAUCCCAGUGGUCGAAGUUCGGUUCUGUGAUAUACUGGAUCCACGGAAAGCCCGGCAGUGGCAAGACGACAUUGAUGAAAUAUCUAUACGACAACUCCAAGACCCAGUAUGGACUGUACAGAGGUCUGCUGUAUUAUAUCCUCAAGGACAGCCCUAGCCUUAUUCCAGACUUGCUACCCGAAAUGUGGAGAGAGGCACACAAUGAUGGUGGCCCCACAGACCGGACUUCCUUGGACACUCGGGCAUCGAACCUGGAACCCCCAACGGAAGAGGAGAUGAUGCUUGCAUUCCCCAGGCUCAAGGCUCACACUCAGGCGGCGUUCUGCUUCUUCAUCGAUGGCCUUGAUGAAUACUCUGGAGAUCCGUUUCGGCUGAUCACAUUCCUCGAGAAACUCCUCGAAAAACUCGUCUCAGAUAACAUAAAAGUCGUUGUGUCAAGUCGGCCAAUACCUUCUUGUUAUCAAGCUUUUUCUCGAGGUCCUAAGCUUCGACUCCAGGAUCUCACGCGGAAUGACAUCAAAACAUACGUCCACGACACAAUUGCACUCCAUCCGCACACCGAGACCAUCAUUGGAAUGGACAGCACGAUAGUGGAUAAGAUCCAGGGCGAAUUAACCGAGAAAGCUUCGGGUGUCUUUCUCUGGGUAAUCCUCGCCUGUCGCUCGCUGAUACAAGGCUUUGCCGCCUAG